GUGGUUGUUGUUGGGAUAGUGGUUGUUGUUGUCGGAAUAGUGGUUGUUGUUGUCGGGAUAGUGGUGGUUGUUGUCGGGAUAGUGGUGGUUGUUGUCGGGAUAGUGGUGGUUGUUGUCGGAAUAAUAGUGGUGGUUGUUGUCGGGAUAGUGGUGGUUGUUGUCGGGAUAGGGGUCGUUGUUGGUGGGAUAGUUGUUGAUGUUGUCGGAAUAGUGGUUGUUGUUGUCGGGAUAGUGGUGGUUGUUGUCGGGAUAGUGGUGGUUGUUGUCGGGAUAGUGGUGGUUGUUGUCGGAAUAGUAGUUGUUGUUGUCGGGAUAGUGGUGGUUGUUGUCGGGAUAGUGGUGGUUGUUGUCGGGAUAGUGGUUGUUGUUGUUGGGGUAGUGGUUGUUGUUGUCGGAAUAGUGGUGGUUGUUGUCGGGAUAGUAGUUGUUGUUGUCGGGAUAGUAGUUGUUGUGGUCGGGAUAGUGGUGGUUGUUGUCGGGAUAGUGGUGGUUGUUGUUGGGAUAGUGGUUGUUGUUGUCGGAAUAGUGGUUGUUGUUGUCGGGAUAGUGGUGGUUGUUGUCGGGAUAGUGGUGGUUGUUGUCGGGAUAGUGGUGGUUGUUGUCGGAAUAGUAGUUGUUGUUGUCGGGAUAGUGGUGGUUGUUGUCGGGAUAGUGGUGGUUGUUGUCGGGAUAGUGGUUGUUGUUGUUGGGAUAGUGGUUGUUGUUGUCGGAAUAGUGGUGGUUGUUGUCGGGGUAGUGGUAGUUGUUGUCGGGAUAGUAGUUGUUGUGGUCGGGAUAGUGGUGGUUGUUGUCGGGAUAGUGGUGGUUGUUGUUGGGAUAGUGGUUGUUGUUCUAUUAACCAAAGCUGUUUAA